AUGGCCGAGAUCGAGGGAAGAGGAGUGGAUCCGCCGAAUCAAAUUAUAGAGGGAGAAGUCAAUCUCGAUCGUACUUCGCACGUCGAACGGGAAGAUACUCGAACCUCUGCUCCUCUUCCCGAUCCUCGUGUCUACGGAAGAGAAGAAGUCGAUCUUCGUAUCACCAAGGACCAUCGCCCUGCGCCUUCUCACAAGGUCGACGAGUUCCAGGUUAUUUCUAAGGACCGUACCCAUCAUCACCAGCAGCAGCAGGACUAUCGCGUUCCAGAGGUAGAACUCUCGCGUCAACGGUACCGUGAACCCACUUCUCGUUACGAACCUCAACCUCAACCUCAUCAGCCCGUCUACGACCAAGCUCUCGAGGCCCAACUCGACAUCACUGAACGUGAAUAUCGUCGUCGCACAGAUCCUGUCUACGAAGUCAAUAACUCGUACGACCGUCGCUCCCAGGCUCCCGUAGACUCCUACCAAGGCUACCAGUCCUCCAACACCACCGACGUCUCGUACCAGCGGUCCAAGACCGAUUACGACGUCUCUUACGACAAGGCCUUCGCUCCUAAGCCUCUUGAGACUUACAAGGCCGCCUCCUUCAGCCGCGAACACUCUGUAGAGUCUGUUCCUGCUCGCCCUUCCCCUGCCUCUUCGAUCUCUCAAGUUAAGGUUCUCAAGCCUUACACCGCUAUCGAUCAACCCCCAGCUCGCAAAAUGGGUUACUACGACGACGACGGUAACUACCACUCCUUCCGCCGUGGUGUGGAGCGUGCUGUCGACCGCAUCACGCAUCCCUUCCACCACAACCAUCAUCAUCAUGACCACGAUCGUGAGGAAGUCAUCGCUGACGAACGUGGCCCAGUUCGUUACCGUGAAGGUGUCCGUGAGGACGUCCGCAUCGUCGAGCCUCGCAGCACCGGCAACAAGAAUGCCGAGUCCGUCCCCAUCCCCUGCCACUUCAUCCGCAUCGGCGACAUCCUGAUCCUGCAGGGCCGCCCCUGCCAGGUCAUCCGGAUCUCCGUCUCGCCCCAGACUGGCCAGCACCGCUACCUCGGUGUCGACCUCUUCACCCGCCAGCUGCAGGAGGAGUCCAGCUUCGUUUCCAACCCCUCUCCCUCCGUGGUGGUCCAGACCAUGAUCGGUCCCGUCUACAAGACCUACCGCAUCCUGGACCUCCACGAGGACAACACCAUCACCGCCAUGACCGAGUCCGGUGAUGUCAGACAGGCUCUUCCCGUCGUUAGUCAGGGCCAGCUCUUCCGCAAGAUCCGUGAUGCCUUCUCCGAGGGCCGUGGUAGCGUCCGUGCUCUCGUCAUCAACGAUGGUGGCCGUGAGCUUGUCGUCGACUACAAGGUCAUCCACGGUUCCCGCCUGUAA